AUGAAACGCAAGAGUGGAAGGAAAUCUCAGAAGAUGGACAAAAGCAGUUCUAACGGAGUGGAAGAUGAUUUGAAAGAACAAAACGGCGACACAUCUGAUGUUGAAGACGACGAGCCAAUUGAUAAGAAGAGAAGGUCCACCAAAACCAGCAGUAGAAAUGCUUCGAGGAGGGCACAGGCAUCCGACUCUGCAAAUUCUGAUUCUGGGCCAUCAGAUGAAGACUUGGAACCUAUUAAAACCAAGGAGUCUAAAGAGAAGAAAAAAGGAAACAAGAAAGGAAAGAAACCUGCAGCCAAAGAGGUGCAGGAAGAGCAAGGAGAUGAAGAUGGGGAAAAUGAAACUCAAUAUGAGAAAAAAGGAAACAAGAAAGGGAGGAAACCUGCAGCUAAAGAAGUGCAGGAAGAUCAAGGAGAUGAAGAUGAGGAAAAUGAAACUCAAUAUGAGAAAAAAGGAAACAAGAAAGGGAGGAAACCUGCAGCUAAAGAAGUGCAGGAAGAUCAAGGAGAUGAAGAUGAGGAAAAUGAAACUCAAUAUGAGGUACAAGCUGUACUUGAUGAAAAAAAAAUUGGUGGAAUCCGCCACUAUCUCAUCAGAUGGAAAGGAUAUGAAGAAGAAAGUGACACUUGGGAGCCCGAGGAUACUCUCGACUGCAAAGAAUUGAUUGAAGAGUACCAAGAAAAAAAGAAGAAGAGCAAAGUCAAAAAGCCACUCAAGAAAGAAAAGAAAGAUACCGAGGAACCUGAAUGGGAUGAAAAUGAGGACUUUGAAGUUGAUCGAAUUCUGGAGGUUCACCAUCGAAGAGAUGGAAAAAGGGAAUUUCUUGUAUCCUGGAAGGGAUAUGGGAAUGCAGAAAACAGCUGGGAACCUGAAGAGAACAUGGACUGCAAGGAUCUCAUUGUGAAGUUCAUGUCGAAGGUGGACAAGGCGAGAGAAGUUGAUGAGAAAGAAUUGAGAGUCAACAGAAAGCAAGUACAGCGUUACACGCUGAGCACACAGGAGUAUUCCAGACGACUCAGCAAAAGAUUCCGAGGAAGGGAGAGG